AUGCGAACUCGAUCGAGUCGGUCAACUGAAGACUUGGUCGAGCUAGACAUUACAACGGGUAGAAAGAGGGUUCAGAGGUCACAGAGGGUACAAGAGGAACCUGAGGUGCUUGUUGCUGAUACAAUGGAUGUACCAGAGGGGAAUGGAAACCCUUUGGGCAAUGGACUCGGUCGAGCUAGGCAAACUCGACCGAUUGGUCAAGGAGAUGCUCCAAACCGCCACCAACAGAGACAAGGGAUUGUUCCACCACCAGUGCAGAACCACAACUUUGAGAUCAAGCUGGGAAUGAUCAACCUUGUCCAGAACAAGAUGUUCCAUGGAUUGCCAAGUGAAGACCCCAUUGACCACCUUGAUGAGUUUGAUAGGCUUUGUGAUUUGACAAAGAUCAAUGGUGUCUCUGAAGAUGCCAUCAAGCUGAGACUCUUUCCUAUGUCUCUAGCUGACAAAGCUCACCAAUGGGAGAAGAGCUUGCCCCAUGGCACAAUCACCACUUGGGAUGAAUGCAAGAAGGCCUUUCUUGCUAAGUUUUUCUCCACCGGUCGCACAGCCAAGCUUAGAGGAGAGAUAUCCAGCUUCAUCCAGCGAAACAAUGAGACAUUCGCAGAGGCUUGGGAGAGGUUCAAAGGCUACACAAGUCAGUGCCCACACCAUGGAUUCAACAAUGAAUCACUACUCUCCACUCUUUAUAGAGGAUGCUUGCCUAGGUAUAGGGAGAUGCUAGACACAGCUAGCAAUGGGAACUUCCUCAACCAGGAUGUAGAUGAUGGCUGGCAACUUGUGGAGAACAUAGCUAACUCAAAUGGAAGCUAUGGAGAAGAGUAUGAUCGCACCAACCGGAGCUCGACCCACCACUCGAUCGAGUCAGACGAAAAGUUGAGAAAAGAUGUUAAGGCAUUGAAUGAGAAGUUGGAUAAGCUGAUCCUAGCUCAGUCCACAAUGAAGAAAGUCAACUUUGUGUCUGCUGAGGAGAUGGAACCAGUCCAAGAAGGGGAGGAUACACAAUUUGCUGAGGUGUGCUACAUGAGCAAUGGGCAAGGAGGUUACAACAAAGGAUACUAUAAUUACAAGUCCAACCCUGCCAUGUCAUACCGCAACACUGAUGUUGCUAACCCUCAGGACCAAGUAUAUCCUCAACAACAAGCAGCUCGAUCGAGUCAGGCUUCCCCCACCAACCGCCCCAGCCUGCACCUUCACAAGAGAAUGAGCUCAAAGGCAAUGCUAAAGCAACUACUUCAAGGGCAAGCUGAUGGGGUAGUGGACACAAGCAAGAAGCUAGCUGAAAUAAACUCUAAGAUCGAGAACCUCAACACAAGGGUUUACUCUCUGGAGAAUCAUGCUUCUUCUGUUGCUGCUGCUACAAAGCAAGGACAACUACCUGGUAAAGCUAUUCAGAACCCCAAGGAACAGUGCAAGGUCAUCUUCACUCAAGAAGGACUUGUUGAAGAAGAGGAUCAAGAAAGGGUCAUUGAAGAUUUUUGUUUACUGCUGAAUGAUGAAGAGAUUGUUGCUGCUGAGGCUCCUGGAGUCCAGAUUGAUCAACCAGAAGUGCAUGCACCUACUGUGGCCAUUCACACUUCACCAGUUGAGCUCGCACGACAAGCUCGAUCGGCAGCUCGAUCGAGUCCAACUCUAGCUCGAUCGAGUCCGACCUCUUCUGUCCGACAGCCUGUUUUGCUUGAUCCUUAUCAACCGGUUGCCGCUUCCUCGUCUCGCCUACUUAGUCAAGGUCACAAGGAAGUGAUUCACAAGUUCAGAAGAGAUCUCAGUGGGAUUGGAAUUGAGUUGCCUCCUAUGGAUAGCAUGAGUGAGGCAUUUGAUCAAAUGCAAAUGGUCAAGGAUGUUCUAGCCAACAGUGAUAAAGUUUCAGAGGUCCUACAAGAGUCUACUCAUCAGUUCAACCUGCUUACUUCACCCACCUUCCUACCAAAGGUCAAGGAUCAAGGGAAAUUCACUCUCCCUUGCACACUUGGGCAUCUUGAGAUUGACAAUGCCUUAGUGGAUUCUGGAGCAAGCAUCAAUCUGAUCUCUCUCUCCAUGGCAGAGAAGCUAGGCAUAGCUGGAGCCUUGCAGCGCCCUACUACUUCAAUCAUGUUUGGAGAUGCAACUUCUAAGUCUCCUCUUGGAGUGUUCAAGAACUAUCACUUGAAAAUUGGAGAAUGCAUCAUCCAAACUGAUCUCACUGUGAUGGAAAUGGAAGAAGAGAAGGAUUUGCCUCUGUUAUUGGGAACCCCUUUCCUUAGUACAGUUGGCGCUUCAAUAGACUUUCACAAGCAAGAAGUGAUCCUUCACAAGGUGAAUAGUUUGGUGUCAUAUCGCUUGCAGCCUAGAGGUUCAGACUUUUGUGCCACAAUUGACAGUAACGAAGUUAAAGGAGCUUCUGUCUCAAGUCCUCACUAUCACCCUUGA